UGCCACAGGCUUUUUUCUGCUCGGACAUUAUCACGGGAUUUAGAGCGAGACAUCGCGACAAUCGGCUGGAAACACCUGAGUCGGACGCUCAGAGAACUCCUGCUUCCACUUCACCUGCUCUGGAAACUCAGGACAUUUUAAUUAGGUUUGAAUCUGCUUUGGAAAUAAAUAAACACAAGUUCAGUCACAGAUUAAAAUGGGCUGCUUCACAUUCGUCAAAUUGAUGAUGGUCUUGUUCAACUUGCUUAUCUUUCUGGGGGGCCUGACCCUGGUCGCCAUGGGGAUCUGGGUGAGCGUGGACGGGAGCUCGUUCCUGCAGCUGCUGGGGCCCUUCUCCAGCCAAGCCAUGCAGUUCGUCAACGUGGGCUUUUUCAGCAUCGCCAUCGGGAUCGUGCUGGUGCUGCUGGGGCUCCUGGGCUGCUGCGGGGCCCACAAGGAGAGCAGGUGUCUGCUGCUCACGUUCUUCUGCAUCGUCCUCAUCAUCUUCAUCGCUGAAGUGGCAGCAGGAGUCGUGGCUCUGGCCUACGCUUCAUUCGCCGAGGGGAUCCUCAGAGCGUGGGCGACCCCCGCUCUACAGAAGGAUUACGGCCGUGAGCCUGUGGUCACGACGACCUGGAACAGCACCAUGACCGAGCUGAAGUGCUGCGGAUUCACCAACUACACAGACUUCGUGGGCUCUUGGUUUGAAAAGGACAACGGCGGCAGCCUGCCGCCCAACUGCUGCUGGACCCGCAGCGCCCCCUGCAGCCCAGGCGAGGCAGAGCGCAGCAAUGUGCAGGGCUGUUUCCAACAAAUCCUGGAGACGCUCAAAAAGCACGCCAACAUCGUGGGAGGCAUCGCAGCAGGAGUCGGAGUCUUGGAGAUUGCCGCCAUGGUCGUGUCCAUGUACCUGUACUGUCACCUGGACAACCGAGUGAGCUGA